AUGUUAGCGUACGGUGUUGCUCCGGAUGCCGUAGAUGAAUACAUACGCAUGGGUCAAACAACAUCUAGAAAAUCAAUGCAACAUUUUACUCAAGGGGUGAUCAAGCAUUUUGAGGUCGAGUACUUAAGAAGUCCAACAGAUGAAGAUUUAAGGAGAAUCCUUCACCAAAAUGAAAUGCGUGGAUUCCCGGGCAUGAUCGGUAGCAUCGACUGCAUGCACUGGGAGUGGAAGAACUAUUCUAUGGCUUGGAAAGCACAAUACGCAGGUCGUAGCAAGAACGCAACCCUUAUCCUGGAAGCUGUUGCGGAUCAAGAUUUAUGGAUUUGGCAUGCAUUUUUUGGAAUACCCGGCUCUUGUAAUGAUCUUAACGUCCUAUACCGCUCUCCGGUGUUUGACGAUGUUUUGAAAGGUCGGGCACCACCAAUUAGUUUUAUGGUAAACGACCAUGAGUACAACAUGGGAUACUACUUAACAGAUGGUAUAUAUCCGAACUGGGCAACAUUUAUACAAGGUAUCACAUAUCCUCAACUCCAGAAGGACAAGUUAUUUGCAGAUAAACAAGCUGCAGCUCGAAAAUACGUUGAACGUGCGUUUGGAGUUCUACAGGCUAGGUUUGCCAUAUUACGACAACCCUCACUUGCUUUCGACGAAGACAUUUUGAGCGACAUAAUGAAAGUUUGUAUCAUUAUGCACAACAUGAUUGUCGAGGAUGAACGACACAAUUACACUCGUGCCGAAGUUUUGAGAAGGUAUUAUGAAGAAGAUCGCCCUCAGCUUCAUAGAGCAAGGUCCGAUCCGAGUACAAGUGCCACAGUGAAUAACAACGAGCCUUUCGAAUUUGAUGUUGGCCGACCACUAAACGUUGAUUUUGACACGUAUAUUCAAAGAAGAAUUACCCUGCGUGAUAGCCAAACCCAUUUUUCUUUGAAAGAUGAUUUAGUUGAGCAUAUUUGGAAAAAAUACGGUCGUACAAAUGAAUAA